AUGUACAGGCAGCACGUGCUACGUAUUGGUCAUGACAAUAUGAUAUCAGGUCACCUGGGUAUAAAGAAGACUACAGACCGCAUUAUUGCCGUGUUCUACUGGCCAGGGAAAAUAGACACUGAAACAGUAGCAGACGCACUUCUAGACAUAUUUAGCAGGGUAGGUCUACCCAAUGAAAUGCUGACCGACUUAGGGAAACAGUUUGUUUCCGAUCUUAUGAAGGAAAUAUGCAGGCUUCUUGACAUCAAGAAACUGACUACCACGCCAUACCACCCGCAAUGCAAUGGCCUAGUUGAAAGGUUCAAUGGAUUCCUGAAGUCGACGUUGAAGAAGAUGUGUGAGGACCAACCACGUGAAUGGGAUCGAUACAUUCCAGCACUUCUGUUUGCUUACCGCGACAGCGAACAAGAGAGUUUAGGUUUCUCGCCGUUUGAGCUUAUAUACGGGAGGACGGUGCGGGGGCCACUCACAGUCUUGAAAGAAAUUUGGACCUCAGAAACUGGUGAUACAGAGACGAAGACAACCUUGCAAUAUGUGAAGGAUUUGAGAGCACGACUAGAUGGAACGAUGAGAUUAGCACAGGAAAAUUUGAAGAAAGCAAGUGCAAGGUAUCGAACGUACGCAAAUAAAGGCAAGAAGAUGCGGAGUUUUGUUGUCGCUGACAAGGUCUUGCUUCUACUCCCAACAGACAACAAUAAGCUGUUGAUGCAGUGGAAGGGGCCGAUUGAGAUCAAAGAAAAGGUAAACGACAGGAACUACAUAAUAGAAAUAAAUGGCAAUCUGAAAAAGUACCACGCAAACAUGCUUAAGAAGUUUGUUAAGCGUGGGGAAUUUGGGCAGAAGGUCAGCGAAGAGACUUCGGAGACACACGUCAAUGAUUUGCAGGCACUCGUCGUAGAUGACAGUCAUGUUGAACGUGAAAAUCAAUCGUCUUCAAGAGAAGUAGGGGUAGAACUACCUGAAUUAGAACCACAUGAGGGAAUUGAGCAUGUGAAUAUCAACCCUGAUCUGCAUGAGACUGAGAAGCAAAUGCUCAGACGAUUGUUUACAGAGUACAGUGAUGUUUUAACCGAUGUGCCAGGGAAUACCAAGAUUCUCGCACACAAGAUCGUCUUAACAUCAAAUACCCCGAUAAGAACAAAGGCUUACCCGGUACCACAUGCUAUGAAAGCUGAAAUUAAAACUGAAGUUGGAAAGAUGCUCGAAGCGGGCAUAAUUGAGAAAUCAAACUCAGCAUAUGCCUCACGUGUUGUACUGGUGAAAAAGAAGGAUGCCAAUUACAGGUUCUGUGACGAUUACAGGAAAAUCAAUGGGAUAACAAAGUUUGAUGCACAACCAAUCGGAAAUCCGGAUGCAAUGUUCCAGAAAAUGCAGAAAGGACGAUACUUUUCCAAAAUGGAUCUGGCGAAGGGUUACUGGCAAAUACCAAUGAGUGAGGAUUCGCAGCAAUACACUGCUUUCAUAACAGAGUUUGGUAUGUUUCAAUUCAAACGUAUGCCAUUUGGGCUGGUCAAUUCAGGAGCCACAUUCACGAAGAUGAUGCACCAUGUUUUGAAAGGACUACCAACUACGGACAGCUUUGUUGACGACAUUAUCACGCAUUCGAAGGACUUCGAGGGACAUUUAAGAGAUGUAAGAAAGGUUCUGGAGAGGCUGCAUGAUUCAACAUUGACCAUCAAGCCAUCAAAAUGCAUGUUGGGGUACACUCACAUGGAAUUCAUAGGUCACGAACUGGGAGAAGAUGCUACCACGAAAGGUAAGCCAAAUAAAGUCGAAUGGGACGAGAGCAUGGAGAAAGCGUUCACCACGAUGAUCGCAAUCUUGUCGAAGUCACCUGUUCUGAGAUUGCCUGACUUCAACAAGGACUUCAUCCUGAGAACAGAUGCAUCAAACACAGGUAUUGGCGCAAUUCUUUUGCAGGAACACGAGGGUUCAAAGUUUCCUGUGAUGUACGCCAGCAGGAAGUUGAAUGCGGUAUCGGCGACAAGGGUCGACCGGGACGCGCCACAACGAGGUUGUUCUGGCAAGUGUUGGACGCCGCCAGAGGACCGAGGGUCGGGCGAGGGUAAUCUGUGCCGCAGUAAGCAAGAAACGUUGGACGCCGCCAGAGGACCUAAGGUCAGGCGAGAGCCAUCCAUGUCGCGGUGGGGUGGACACAUAGGGCGCCACCAAAGGGUCGAGGACCUAGUGUGA